UCAUGUUCACACUCCCUCCCAGCUCUGCUGCUUCCAGUCCUGUCCUGGAUCUCGGAGGCUGUGCAGACCAUGAAGGGUUAAUCGGGGGGUCUGAUCCUCUGGAGGGAGCCCCCCAUCAUGUCGGGCGCGCGCUGUAAGACCCUCUACUCCUUCUCCGGGGAGCAGCACCAACAGGGGCUGAAGUUUGAGGCCGGGGAGGUGAUCAGUGUCCUGCAGGUGCUGGAUGGAGGAUGGUGGGAAGGAGAGAAGGACGGGGUGCGCGGAUGGUUCCCUGCCAGCUACGUGCAAGUCCUGGAGAGUCCGGGCUCCCCGUCACCCACCAAAAGACAGAACAAGGAGACCACCAUCACGAUAAACUGUGUGACGUUCCCUCAUCCUGACACCAUGCCGGAGCAACAACUACUGAAGCCGGGAGAGUGGAGCUACUGUGACUACUUCUGGGCCGACAAGAAGGAUCCACAAGGGAACAGCUCGGUGACCGGAUUUGAAGAACUCCUCCAGAAACAGCUGAAAGGAAAACAAAUGCAGAAGGAGAUGGCGGAGUUCAUCCAUGAGCGGAUCAAGAUUGAAGAAGAAUAUGCAAAAAACUUGGCAAAACUGUCCCAGAUCUCCCUGGCGUCACAGGAGGAGGGGACCCUUGGGGAGGCUUGGGGACAACUGAAGAAGAGUCUAGCAGACGAGGCCGAAGUUCAUCUCAAAUUUUCCUCAAAGUUACACAGCGAGGUGGAGAAACCGCUGCUAAACUUCAGGGAGAACUUCAAGAAGGACAUGAAAAAGUUUGAUCACCACGUGGCCGAUCUACGGAAGCAACUAGCAAGCCGAUACGCCUCUGUGGAGAAGGCUCGUAAAGCGUUGGCCGAGAGACAGAAAGAUCUGGAAGUGAAAACUCAACAACUGGAAAUAAAACUGAGCAACAAGACGGAAGAAGAUAUAAAGAAGGCGCGGAGGAAGUCUACACAAGCGGGUGAUGACCUCAUGCGGUGCGUGGACCUCUACAACCAGGCUCAGUCCAAGUGGUUUGAAGAGAUAGUGACGACCACCUUGGAACUGGAGAGACUGGAGGUGGAGCGGGUGGAGAUGAUCCGUCAGCACCUCUGCCAGUACACGCAACUACGGCACGAGACAGACAUGUUCAACCAAAGCACGGUGGAACCCGUGGACCAGCUGCUCCAGAAAGUCGAUCCCGCCAAAGACCGGGAGCUGUGGGUGAAGGAGCACAAGACCGGAGACAUCCGACCCAUGGACAUGGACCUGUAGACUGUUUUUGGUGUUGUUUUGCCGAUUCUUUCUACGCCUUCCGCUGGGAUAUUGUACAUUGCUGUAAUAUAUACACGGUCAUUCCUCCACCACUUACCAGAUCACUAUUUUUGGAACAGGGGAUGCUGGGAUUUGAUUUUUUUUUGGUUCUAUGAAUGGAACAUUGUGCCACAUCAUGCGUGAUGCCAACCCGCUUAGCUUCUCAGGCCGGGGACCAUGUAAAGCUUGUGCCACACUGGAUGUUUCCAUGUAAAUACAACAUAUUACGUAAUAUAAUAACUACAAAAGAACUAAACCAAGAGUGUCUGCUCCAGGGGGGAACAUCUUCUGGGUUGGGGGUCAUUGUCCUUGGCUCAAUGCCGUGUCCCCUCACCCAAAGGGAUUGUCAUUGACCGCUCCCGGUGAAAUCCUAAGAGGGCUCACGUGGCACCCAGACUUUUUGGAUUCACUCCUUAUGUGGAUGGGGAGAUGAAGUCUUGGUCCACUACUCCUAAAUAUCGCCACCACCCCCAACUUCCCCAACUUAGUUGGACCCUUAGCACUCACCGGUUUAGCUCAAUCUUGUAGAUAUAGACUCAACUCGACCAAGUAGGUGACCACCAAUGGUGUUUUCAUUUGCGAAGAGUAAUUUUUUCCAUCUUGAGGGCCCCAAAAGGCAAAAUGUGGAACAUCUCAGAAUCUCCGUGACCAUCUUAACCAACCCCGGGCUUCUAGUGGAUGUUCAGAACUUUAAAUAUUUUGGGAUGACAUUAGUGUCUCAUCCCUGAGGGCCGGCUGUCACCACGGGGUGUCUCGUCUAGUUGAAGUAAAGUCCAUCACAAGCAAGCGACGGCCCCUCCCCCAGGAGACCUUCUUUACUAGACCAUGAUACUAUGGGACUCUGGGUAUUUUUGAGUAAAUUUUGUUUCUGUUUCAGUUUAGUUUGAAGACAAUAUUUUUUAUAUAUACCCUCAGGAAGAGGUGGACCGUAGCCAAUCACAGGCUUCCUGAAUACUUAUACACAAUGUGGACCGAUACCAAAACAACACGGGUCCUGAUUAAUAAUUUAACAUUAAAAGGGUGCUCCUGUGCCCCAUCGUUCUGAAGAAAGUAGUGGGCGGCCGUGAUCAUGAUGUCACGGACACGCCCCCUUGACAGACGUCACACCACCUCCCAUAGACAUGAAUGGAGGUGCGUGGUGUGAUGUCACAAGAGGGCGUGGCCGUGACAUCACAUUUUGUUCAGAACGCUGGGGCACGGGAGUACUCCUUUAAAUAUCUUCUGUUCUAAAAAGCGGCAUCAAAGACUUGUUCCCUGUGACCCCCAGCGCCACCUUGUGGCAGAUUACUAUGAUAAAAAAAAAAACUGUGAAUUUUUUUUUUUUUUCCGAGAAUGACUGUUACCGUCUGUUUCACACAAUGUUCCGGUUUUUCUCCGAUACAUCCGGUUUAUACGAUUCCCCCCCCCCCCUUGUGUAUAUUGUUGCCACUUGUGUAUAUUCCUGCCCCGCCCAUCCCCCUGUAAUAUAACAGAUUUCUAAAGCUCCACCCCCUCCGUGCCUGCCUAAUGCCCCUCCCCCGCUCGCUUCCCCACCCCCACCUUCUUUGUACAGAUCUAAUGUAAAAGACAAAGAAUUUUCAGAGUCUAUAAAACUAAUUUAAUGGGAUGAAGCGGAGAAUCGUGUCCGAUGUUUAACGUUCGUGUCAAUUUGUGAUGUUAUGAAAAAAAAAUUUCCAGGAAGAGGCGGAGCUGAGGAUUUAUCAAAAAAAAAAAAACAUGAAAAAUAUGUAAAAAAUAAAACAAGAAAUACCGAGGAGAUUCCCGCUGUGUAUCCAGAGCUCUAAUAAAUCAUCUAUAUAACA